AUGUGCCAGACGGUCUACUACAGCUACAGCUGCGGCCACCUCGAGUGCGUCGUCUACCGCUGCCGCCGCAUCCCCGCCCACCCGUCGAGGUGGGAGCUCUACGACUGCGUCACGCGCGCGGCGGCCGACGGGUCCUGGAGGACGAGCCUGCGCGAGCCGUGCCACGACUGCGUCGAGGCGGAGCGCCUGCGUCGGUGGACGCUGCAGCGCGGGGGGCGGGCGGCGCCUUGGAACCUCGCCGGGCGGAGCAUGAGCAACGGCACGCGCAUCAGCCAGUCGGCGUCUGCGCCGAACGUCGGCGAGGUGCAGAAUCAGCAGUGGCGGCAGCAGCAGCAGAAUCAGCAGUGGCGGCAGCAGCAGCAGAAUCAGCAGUGGCAGCAGCAGCAGCAGCAGCAGCAGCAGCAGAAUCAACAGUGGCAGCAACAGCAGCAGCAGCCAGUUGCUUCGCAGCAGCGGCUCGUGCGGCACGUUCAGGGGAGCCGUGACGGUUCGGCGAGCAGCUCCUCUAGCAUGGGCUGGGACGGCCGGGUGAUCAGGCCGCUUGACUCGAAUUACCUGGGCAACAUUGGGCGCAUCACGUUGGACGGUGUCCACUGGGAGGACGUGACGCCGGCGGAGAUCUUUGAGGCGAGAUUUUGA